UCGACGGUAGACGCAGUGAGGCGGUCCUGACCAGGAUUCUAAAAAAAGAAGAAGUCGGUCUUUGUCAGUUUUAUUGUGUUAUUUUUUAUUUUAUUUAUUAGGGCUAUUGUCGUCUGUCUAAAACUAUGGCCUCCUCGGACGUUGCUCGGCAUCCGGAUAAAGGAGUCCGGCCCCUGUCUCUCGCUGGCCAUGUGGGCUUUGACAGCCUUCCAGAUCAGCUUGUCAACAAGUCCAUCUGCCAGGGCUUCUGCUUCAAUAUUCUCUGCAUUGGUGAGACCGGUAUCGGCAAGUCUACGCUGAUGGACACUCUAUUUAACACCAACUUUGAGAACUUUGAGUCAUCCCACUUUGAGCCUCAGGUGAAGCUGCGGGCUCAAACCUACGACCUGCAGGAGAGUAACGUCAGACUACGUCUCACUGUGGUCAACACUGUGGGCUUCGGAGACCAAAUGAACAAACAAGAGAGCUAUCAGCCGGUGGUGGACUACAUCGACAGGCAAUUUGAGAGUUACCUGCAGGAGGAGCUGAAAAUCAAGCGCUCUCUGCACAACUACCAUGACUCGCGGGUCCACGCCUGCCUUUACUUCAUCUCCCCCUCAGGUCAUUCACUCAAGUCCCUCGACCUCGUCACCAUGAAGAAACUAGACAGCAAGGUGAACAUCAUCCCGGUGAUCGCCAAAGCCGACACCAUCAGCAAGAGCGAGCUGCACAAGUUCAAGAUCAAAAUCAUGAGCGAGCUGGUCAGCAACGGCGUCCAGAUCUACCAGUUCCCCCUGGACGACGAGACGGUGGCCAAAGUCAACACGACCAUGAAUGGUCAUUUGCCAUUUGCUGUGGUAGGCAGCACAGAGGAGGUCAGCGUCGGCAAUAAGAUGGUAAAAGCUCGCCAGUAUCCAUGGGGUGUAGUCCAAGUGGAGAACGAGAAUCACUGCGACUUCGUGAAGCUGAGGGAGAUGCUGAUCUGUGUCAACAUGGAGGACCUGAGAGAGCAGACGCACACUCGUCACUACGAGCUGUACAGACGCUGCAAACUGGAGGAAAUGGGAUUCAAAGACACCGACCCAGAAUGUAAACCUGUCAGUUUGCAGCAGACUUAUGAGGCCAAACGUCAGGAGUUCCUGGUGGAGCUGCAGAAGAGGGAGGAUGAGAUGAGGCAGAUGUUUGUGCAGAGGGUGAAGGAGAAGGAGGCCGAGCUGAAGGACGCCGAGAGAGAACUGCAGGGCCGCUUUGAGCAACUGAAGCGCCUCCAUGCAGACGAGAAAGCGGCUCUGGAGGAAAAGAAGCGCAUGUUCGAGGACGACCAGAGCUCCUUCAGCAAGAGACGGGCGGCCGCUCAGCUCCUGCAGGCCCAGAGCCUCACCGCCAACGGCAAGAAGGACAAAGACCGCAAGAAUUCUGGCUUCAUGUGAACACUCUUGGAUCUCCAUCACAACCAGUGUAACCAGUGACAUUCUAGCCACGUCCUUCCCAGCCCUCUUAGGCCAGUCUCCAUCACUAACCAGGAAACCCCACACAGACCAGCAGCAGCAGUGUGUGAGCGCCGGCUUGCUUUUGUGCCAAAGUUUAAUGACUGUACCCAAGAAUCCUGUGUACACAUUUCUCGGUGGUGUUUUUUUAAUCUUCUUUCUAGGUUUUUAUUCCUCUUUUGUGUAAUGAUUUUAUAUUUAUCCUCUCGUUUUUAUAUAAAACCUUUAUUUUUUUCCAUGUUCCUCCUUUUUAAACUUUUGCCAGUCUAAGGGACUCUUGAGUGGACUGGACCUCUCACAGCCUCACAGAUCAGAACAGGUGGACAGGUACAGACAGUGUUGUGUAGUGGACGUGUACACUCAUCUUCUAUUUGAUAUGUUUAGUGUAUGAUAAGAGCACUCGGGAUGUUUUAAUAUGCCAAACGAGACUGUUCACCUCUCAUAUAAUUCUUAUCAUUCAUUCAAGCCCCUUUCAGACUUCAUCAGGUGAACUUAUUAAAAUUAAAGUUACAAUCUGUCAACAACAAACCUCAAAAAGUUUUCGUGAUGGCUCAAAUUGGAAUUAAAAUGCUAAAAAAUGCUAAAAAUGCUAAAAAAUGCUGGAUUAGCGGAGUAGCGCUAAGUUCCUCUUUUUAUAUUUGGUUUAGAAAGAUAAUAAAGUGGUUCGAUAAUCAACUAAAUACAUCAGAUUAAUCAACAAAAUCAGGUUUCGUUUCAUUUUGUUGGCGAGCAAAAGCAGAACCGAAACCGUCUGAACGCCACAACAAUCAUCGGACCGUCCGCACUUCUGGCUCCUCAGCUUUUAUUCAUAUGUAUGAAAAUCCAGCACAGUUCUUCAGAUACAGGAUGGGUUUUUAGCUAUAAUAUAAAUCUGUAUUUUAUCAGUGAUUGGCUAAUUAAUGUAUCACAAAAUGGGGAUUUCCAGGCAAAUGAGAAGCAGGGCUGAAAAGGUUCAUAACAGAAUAUCAUUUAACUGCUAAAUAAGUUUUAUAAUCCAUCACUUUGGCAGCUCUCUGCGUAACAUUUAAUUAUGUUUGAACUGUUGGUCUGAAAGGGGCUGAAUCUGUACUCACGUCUGAAGGUUCUCCAGAAGGAUCAAGUGCAUCAUUAACGGUGUAAGCAUGGUAACAGGGCAUUAUACUUCCUUAUUUCUUCUUUGAUUUCUUUUUGGUGCACCUUCUUGAUGCCUUAAAGGUUUAAUAUGAACAUAUCACACUGACUCUCCUGUCGUCGUUCCUGAACUCCUCCGGUUCAUCCACAGCUUUUCCAGCGGGGCGAGGCUGAGGCUUGGUUUGGGAUUAGGUACAUGUUACUGCAUAUAUUUAUAUAUAUUUUGUUUUACUCGCUCCCUUAUUUUUAUUUUUUUCCUACUGACACAAACAGUUGACGUUAGCAGCCCUGUCUGUCUGAAAACAGCUGACUCAUGGUUUAGACAAAAAAAAAAAAUGGAAUCAUAUCAAGUCGGUGUGUUUGUUGAGGGAGCAGAGAGAGAGAGAGGAUGCUUCUCUGACUGUAUUUUUAUUCACUUCUCUCUGUACUGUAAGACGCUACAAGCUGUGAGACGCUGUGUCAUCGUCGCGCCGCAGUAAACCAGAACACUGCGGUGCUGGUUUCCAGUCAAGUGUGAUUUUUAUAAACCAACAUUUACUCACAAUUACUCACACUUUAGUGCCUUAUCUGUGUGAAACGUAGAAACACACUGUCCACCUAAUGACAGAUCCAGGGAGACGAUGCAGGAAGGUUUGCCUCUGACACGUUUGUAUUACGCUUGUAUUUAAGGAAUAAACAGUAUUAUUUGAGAGCUUUUUUUUCCCUUUCUUUCUAAAUAAAUCUUUGUAUUUUUGUCAUGA